GGCAAACCCUGUGAGGUCACCAAGCCCUGGAUAAAGGGGUGCCGGUGGCAGAGACUUCGUUCGCCAGAGUCGCCUCAGGAGCCCAGAAUGAAGCUAGUCUUCCCUGCCCUGCUGUUCCUCGGGGCCCUUGGACUGUGUCUGGCCACCGCUACGAAAAAUGUUCGGUGGUGCACCGUAUCAGAAGCAGAGUUGGCAAAAUGCCUCAAAUUCCAACAGAAUAUGGAAAAAGUGGGUGGCCCCAGUGUCUCCUGCACAGGGGGAACCUCCCGCAAACAAUGUAUCCAGGACAUCAAGGCAAACAAGGCAGAUGCUGUGACCCUGGACGGUGAUUUGGUGUUUGAGGCAGGCCAGGAUCCCAACAAACUGCGACCCAUAGUGGCUGAGGUGUAUGGGACCCAAGAAAAGCAACGAAUCCACUAUUAUGCUGUGGCCAUAGCCAAGAAGGGCACCAACUUCCAGCUAAACCAACUGCAAGGCGUGAGGUCCUGCCACACAGGCCUUCACAUGCCGGCUGGAUGGAACAUCCCCAUGGGUACCCUUCGUCCGUUCUUAAACUGGAAAGGGCCACCCGAGCCCCUUGAGGAAGCUGCAGCCAAAUUCUUCUCUGCCAGCUGCGUGCCCUGUGCGGAUGCGGGGCGGUACCCCCAACUGUGCCGCCUGUGUGCAGGGACGGAGGGCAAGAAGUGUGCCUGCUCCGCCCAGGAACCAUACUUCGGCCACUCUGGUGCCUUCAAGUGCCUGCAAGAAGGGGCUGGAGAUGUGGCAUUUGUCAGGGACAGUACAGUAUUUGAGAACCUGCCCAACAAGGCUGACCAGGACAAGUAUGAGCUGCUCUGCUUAAACAACGCUCGGAAGCCCGUGGACGCUUUCAAGAACUGUCACCUGGCCCGGAUCCCUUCACAUGCUGUUGUGGCCCGGAGUGUGAAUGGCAAGGAGGACUUGAUCUGGGAGCUUCUCCAGAAGGCACAGGAAAAGUUUGGAAAAGACAAGUCAUCUUCAUUCCAGCUCUUCGGCUCCCCUGAAGGGGAGAAGGACCUGCUGUUCAAAGACUCCGCCCUUGGGUUUUCGAGGAUCCCCUCAAAUAUAGAUUCUGAGCUGUACCUUGGCUUCAACUACAUCAAUGCCCUCCAGGGCCUGAAGGAAAAGGCUUCGGACGCGGCGGAGCGGCGCGCGCGGGUGGCCUGGUGCGCGGUGGGCACGGACGAGCUGAGCAAGUGCGAGCAGUGGAGGCGCGCGAGCAGGGGGAACGUGAGCUGCGAGUCGGCGCCCAGCGGCGAGGACUGCAUCGCGCUGGUCCAGAAAGGAAAAGCUGAUGCCCUGAGCCUGGAUGGAGGCCUUAUCUAUGUUGCGGGCAAGUGCGGUUUGGUGCCCGUCCUGGCAGAGAGCCAAAAAUCACAGAACCCUAAUAAAGCAGGUUGUGUGGAUAGACCGGUGGAAGGGUACCUUGCUGUGGCCGUUGUCAGGAAAUCAGAUGCCGGUCUCACCUGGAACUCUCUGAGACACAGGAAGUCCUGCCACACAGCCGUGGGCAGGACUGCAGGCUGGAACAUCCCCAUGGGCCUGCUCUUCGAACAGACAGGCUCCUGCAAGUUCGAUGAAUUCUUUAGCCAGAGCUGUGCCCCUGGGUCUGACCCGAAGUCCAAUCUCUGUGCACUGUGCAUUGGCGACAAGAAGGGUGAGAACAAGUGCGUGCCCAACAACAGUGAGAGAUACUUUGGCUACACUGGGGCUUUCAGGUGUCUGGCGGAGAGGGCUGGAGACGUUGCGUUUGUGAAAGACGUCACUGUCUUGCAGAACACGAAUGGCAGGAACCCUGAGGCCUGGGCUAAGGAUUUGAAGCUGGAGGACUUUGAACUGCUGUGCCUCGAUGGCACCCGGAAGCCCGUGACAGAGGCUGCGAGAUGCCACCUGGCCAAGGCUCCGAACCACGCUGUGGUAUCUCGGGAAGAUAAGGCAACACACUUGAAGCAGGUGCUGCUCAACCAACAGGAUCAGUUUGGAAGAAACGGAGCUAAAUGCCCAAGAGAGUUUUGCUUGUUCAUGUCUAAAACCAAAAACCUUCUGUUCAAUGACAACACGGAGUGCCUGGCCAAACUCCAGGGCAAAAACACGUACGAAGAAUAUUUGGGAUCAGCAUACGUCACGGCCGUUGCUAACCUACAACAGUGCUCAAGCUCCCCGCUUCUGGAAGCCUGCGCCUUCCUGAGUAGAUAAAACCUGCCAGAAGACGGCCUGGCCUCCCUUCCUGAGGCGCCUCAGCCCCUCGCUACUCUCGGCCCUUCCCGGAGGUGCUGAGCCUUCUCCCUUCCUGGCCAAUCAUCUGCUUUCCCAGCUCCCUGCUGUCAUCCUCGCAAUAAAUAAAAUGAGAAAGACCAUUGAUUUUCAUUCCUU